AUCUGAGUGCUUGUUCGAGUCUGUUACUUGCCUCUGCCCGAUGUUGUGUGUGCACGCCUGUGUCUGCACACUUGCAUGUCAGUGUGUGUCUGAUUGUCUGUAGCCUAGGCAGUUCCUCAAAGAAAGAAGCCACUUAAAAACCAGCCACUUCUGAUCAGAGAAAUGUAACUGUAGAGAAGUCGGAAGAAGGCAUAACUCACUACAAUGUGGAUUUAAUUUCAGCAUCUCAUUUGGCAUUGAAGAUUGUUUCUACGUCCAGACAUGUUGACGGGAAAUGCAAGUUGCUCACUGAUUUGCCUUUGGCUUGUGAUUUCAGGAGCUCUGUUGGAAACAGUGGAUAACAUGGAGAGAAAUGAAACUGCAUCAGAGAAACCCAUCCGUCAGUCCCACUCUCUGUGUGCUGGUGAACAGGAGUAUGUUAACAGGAGGAAAAGAGUUGUUCUGGAGUCACUCAACAGCCUGGAAAUCAACUGUUCUGAAGAUUCGGUUCCCCACAUCGCUCUGCUGGCGUCAGGUGGGGGUCAGAGGGCAGCUUUGGGUCUGAUGGGUUCCCUUUAUCAGAUGGAGAAGGAUGGUCUGCUGAACACUCUGCUCUACUUGGGAGGAGUUUCUGGGUCAACAUGGUCCAUGUCCUCCCUGUACAGCGACCCGCAGUGGAGCACCAACAUGGACAGAGCAGUGUCCAAGCUGUUUGGUCCUGGGGUUGAGCUGGAGCAGGCUCUGGCCUGGUUGGACGAGAGGGCAAAAGACGAGCUCUUUUCUCUCAGCGAUAUCUUGGGGGUCUUAACCAGUGCUGGGUUGAUGAAACAGCUGGACUUAAGGUGUCUUUCAGAUGAGGCCAGUAGGAAUGCCACCAACCCUUUCCCCAUCUACAGCGCCAUAGAGAAACAAUGCUUUUCAGAUGGGCCUUUAGAAGGGAAAUGGUUUGAAGUGAGCCCUCAUGAGGCUGGAUUCACAGAGUUGGAUCUCUUUAUUGAAACAUCUCUCCUGGGCAGCAAAUUCCAAAUUGGAGAGCUGCUGGAGCAGGAACCAGAGAUGGACAUGGUCAGACUACAAGGUAUUCUGGGUUGUGCGUUGGCUCACGAGGACAUUAUCAGAGACUUCAUCCCUCCCUGGCUGAAUGUGCCUGGGCACGUAGACAAAGUUGCUGAAGAGUACGUGUAUGUAGUCAGCACCCUUGAUACACUGGUGGGCGUGAUCAGAAGUACCAUUAAGGAUCCUGUUGCUCAGUCUGACCUGAAUAAGAUGCAGAAAAUACUAAAAGACAAGUUAAUUCAUAAUGAGUCUACGUUGCUGGAGUCAAAGAGUUUGGAGGAAAGAAAAAUUUUGUUUCAGCAGUGGAGUCUGGAGCUGCUGAAAGCAGUAGCAACAUGGAGCCAAAGUCUGGAGGAUGGAGCUUUCAGAACACAUGUCUCUCUGCUUACUAAUAAAGUCAUUCCACUGAUUAUGAAAUGGGAGUGGGGAACAACCAGAAACUUCCUCUACCAAUACAAAGAUUCCACCGUUCCAUCCUGCCUUCGCUCUGAAGAAAUAUUCCACCUUGUGGAUGCCGGGAUGCUGAUCAAUGUAGCCUACCCUCCAUUUCUGGGAGAUAAAAGAGACAUCGACCUCAUCAUCGCACUGGAAUACAGCGCUGGAAACAUGUUUGAAACUCUGACUCUUGCCAGAGACUAUGCAGCGGAGGUGAAGAAGCCUUUCCCAGAGAUAGAUGAUAAAAUCCUGGAGGACAAGGACUGGCCAAAGGACUGCUACGUGUUCGAGGGAAAAGAGAAGGAGCCCACAAUCGUUUACAUGCCACUCUUCAACAGACAGAACUGCGAAGAUGCAGAGGUGUUCAAGGCAAAGAUGGAGGAGUUCGCCACCUUCAAGCAUCCCUUCAGUGACGAGAACAUUCAGGCUCUGUUGGAGAUGGCGAAAGCUAACAUGAAGAACAACAAGGAAACUCUGCUGAGGGAGAUUAACAAGGCCAUUCUCCGCCGACAGAACAAGAGGCAGGGAUGGGCCUGAGUGGGAGAAGGUGUUAAGGGAGACAGUGAGGGAGACAUAAAAGCACUGACAAUCUCGGUCAAACCUGAACCUUACAUCUCUUUCCAGCAUGUAAUUUGUGAGCUCAAUGUGUCUGAGGAAAAAAUGAGCCUCAUGCAAGAACAUUUUCACAUUCUAGUCCUAAAAUCCUCUUACUUUUUUCUCUGAGGCUUGUUUGUACACUGUAAACCAUUUUAAGUUCAUUCAACUGCUUCCUUAAAACUGUGAGAUAACUGAUCACAGAUUGACAUUAUGAAGGAAGUUGAAUAAUUAGUUCAACAUCGUUUUAUGAGUUUUGAAACUAUAAACUUACUGAGUCAAGUUAACUGAACUUGAGAAAACAAGAUCAAUAAACUUGAGAUAUUACGUUGAAUCGACUGUUUAGUCACAUGGACAGUUAUUACAGACAGACUUGCUUUCCUUUUACAUUUCCUCAGUUUAAAGAGUUGGUUCUUCAUUUGACAUGAAUCACCUUUGCAUGCGUUAAAAACACACAGCAAGUUUACAUCAUGUCGGUUUUCUGUAAACUACAAAAAAAGAAGGUUCUAUGGCGAGUUUUAACUCUCAAACAAUGCAUGCUGGGAAGUCUGUUAAUAUGCUAGUUUUGUUUCUUUUAAAAUAUCAUGCAAUGAGUUGAGUGAUCGAUCAGCAGUUCACUCAUUCAACUCAUUAUGUCAGUCAAAAGACCUCAAGUUUGAACAAUUCCUAUUUAUAAAGUGGUUUGACAUUAAUACCAAACAUUCGAUGUUGAAUUAACUUGAAAUUGACCAAACUUACAUAUUUACAUUAAUGAGAAAAGAUUAGUCGAUUCCACUAAAUUUCUGUAUGAUGUUUUAAGGUGUACGAGUCUUCAGAACACAAACUCUCUUAGCUGCACACAUUUGGCGUAAAUUGCUCAUUUCACACUGAUGAACACCACCUGUCUGUGAGGAAGUCUGCGUUUUUGAGAUUUGAUCAUUAGCAUAAUCAAAGCCCCUAAAAUUGCCAUAUAAGGCUGCCUGUUCCGCUUCGUUUGCGGGAAAGUCUCGUUGACAGAAAUGUCAUUUAACAAGAGUAAAAAGAAGAAUUUCACACUGCAAAGCUACAUGAAGUUAGAUUAAAAAAAAAACAACCUCUUUUUAAAGCAAAGCGGUACAUGACCAAUAUGCGAGGCGGUCAAGGGGAUGACAGUCACUGUGAUAGUAGGCUAGAGAUUAUUUCAGCCUACAGUAGGUGAUGUCACACAGAUGGUGAUACUGGACAGCGACCUGCAUAAAGACCCUGAGGCAGCUGUCGGAGUGAGAGAAAUUUCCUACCAACUACUGAAAUAUAUAAGCUGCUGUGAUGAAACGUGCGAUUUAAAAAUACUAAAAUCUAAAAGAAACUGCCAGUAAAUUGGCAAGCCGUGAGGAUGAGGAUAUGGUGAGCAGAAUCAUAAUUGUACACCAUUUUUGUUAUAGAUGUUUUUUAAUUUAAAUAAUUUGGGCCUCAUAGAGAAUUCUUAGGGUGAAUGAGUGUGUUUUCGCCCUGUGAAGAAAGGCAGUGUGUCUGUUCAGGACUCAUACAACAGGUCUGGACCCCUCGUGAAUUUUGUUGGUACCUAAAAGAAAAUUCUAAGGACGAGAAAAUUUGUGAAUGCCGCAAAUUCUCUUAAAUCGCUCGUACCUACUACUUAAGUACAAAUUUCUUCAUAUGCGUGAGGCCCAAUCUGUGUGAAAGAAGGAGCUGGAUGGAUAAAAAAGGACUCCAUUAAAGGAGUUUAUGUCACAUCUGUGUGUCAGUGUGUGUCUGAGACAGAGAGAGAGACGUGGAUGGCUGAUGAAAACAUAACUGACUUUCCUUUCGCCCAUUGCUUCUCCCUUCCAGGGUGUCUGUGCUGCGCUAGAUCUUUGAAACUCUGGUUUCAUAAUCUAACUAUAAAUGGAGGAAUCUCUGUCUGUCUUCAUUCUUGUCUGUCCUUUGAUUGUCUUGCCAACCGCUCAUCCAAUCGACUUCAAACGUCACGUGUGUAUUGUUGAGGACCCAAGGAAGUGCAGUGUCGACUGUGAAGGUUUUUGGAUCAGUGGUUCUUGUGAAACAUAAAAAGAGAAACAUUAAACUACAGUCCGUUAGGGCUGGGGCAAUUUUCUUCAAUGCAUAUUACUCCAGUGGUGAA